AGAGAGCACAGUGCACUUCACACGACAUGACCACAUUCUGCACAGCCGGCCCAGCCCCUGGGUCUUGUGUUUGAAGCUCUCAAAAGGAGGCCCAGCCCUCCUUGAGAGUGAAACUGACAUCAGUUCUACUCAACAAGAGAACAGGAAUGAGUGUCCACCUGACUCAGUGAAUGUGCUUGUAAGAUAUAUGUUCGCUUCAAAAACCUGCUGGGCUGCUAAAGUGCCAGGAAAAUACAUUUGUAUGUGUAGAGGAUGAACAACAAUCUCCAGGAAGGUGUUGACGUCCAGGAGACUGAGUUUGGGGGUCCCUCCUUGUCCAAGGAGAGGAGGGUCAUCCACUUCUCUAGCGGGGAGACCCUGGAGGAGGAAGGCAGCGAGGAGGAGGAGGGAGGGAAUGACCAGCCAGCCUUCACAGAACUUGCAAACACAAGCAAAUUCUCCUGGAGGACUGUGGCCAGAAUGUCUUUGCAGACGUGUGAUUUUCUGGGGGGAAAACUGGCAGGUGUACUUGGACUGAACGCAGCUAAGUACCAGUAUGCCAUAGACGAGUUCUGCCGUGACAGCAAGCCUGCAGAUCGGAACCCAGACGAGGCGUCUCCCAAGGACAGGGCGGAGAAGGUGCACCUCGCUCCCAGGAACAGCGUUGCAUACGGAACAACGGGUCCCCCUGCGUUCCUUGGUCCUCCAGCCCCUCGUGAACACUCUGGAAACACGAGCGGAGAAUCUCUCAACACGGGGUACCAGGAGGACCAUGAACAAUGAAAUUUUUUUCAAUUACAUUGUGUAAAUUAAAUUUUGAUAAACAGUU